CCUUCGUAACCGGCCUCGCGCGGGCCCCGCGUUAGCGUCGACGGGAUUCUCCUCCUCUGCCGGCACGUCCUCCGCCUCCCUGCGCCGCCUCAGGCCCCGGAGUGAUCCGCGCCGCCGAGGCGGCGGGCAGGUUUCCCUCUGUCCUUGCUCGUGGGGGUCCGUCGGUGUCGAGGCCCCCAGCCCGCGUCUGAAGUGCUCAGUCCGUUCUAGUAACACACUUAAAGACACGCUGACGCUUUCGGGAGCCGCCCGACGUAAAGCAGAGUCACUAUAAUUAUUUCUAACGUCAAUUUCAAACUAUUUACCCUUGGAUAUCAGUCCAAUUAUAUGACAUUAUGGCUGGUUAUAAGCCUGUAGCUAUUCAAACAUAUCCUAUACUUGGUGAAAAAAUCACCCAGGAUACACAGUACUGGAACAACUAUAAGACCCCUGUUCAGAUCAAGGAGUUUGGUGCAGUGUCAAAAGUUGACUUUUCUCUGCAGCCUCCAUAUAAUUAUGCUGUCACAGCUUCUUCAAGGAUUCACAUUUAUGGCCGGUACUCCCAAGAACCUAUAAAAACCUUUUCUCGAUUUAAAGACACGGCAUACUGUGCUACUUUUCGACAGGACGGUAGACUGCUGGUGGCUGGCAGUGAAGAUGGUCGAGUUCAGCUUUUUGAUAUAAGUGGGAGGGCUCCUCUCAGGCAGUUUGAAGGCCAUACUAAAGCAGUUCAUACAGUAGAUUUUACAGCUGACAAAUAUCAUGUGGUCUCUGGAGCUGAUGAUUAUACAGUUAAAUUAUGGGAUAUUCCAAACUCCAAAGAAGUUCUGACAUUUAAAGAACAUUCUGAUUAUGUGAGGUGUGGAUGUGCUAGCAAACUGAACCCGGAUCUCUUUGUAACAGGGUCAUAUGAUCAUACUGUGAAGAUGUUUGAUGCCCGAACAAACCAGAGUGUUAUCUCUGUUGAGCACGGGCAGCCAGUGGAGAGUGUGCUGCUUUUUCCUUCUGGAGGUCUUCUGGUGUCAGCAGGAGGUCGCUAUGUGAAAGUCUGGGACGUACUGAAAGGGGGACAGUUGCUGGUGUCCUUGAAGAACCAUCACAAGACUGUGACAUGCUUGUGUCUGGGCAGCUCCGGGCAGAGGUUGCUUUCCGGCUCACUGGACAGGAAGGUGAAAGUUUACAGUACAACUUCCUACAAAGUAGUCCACAGUUUUGAUUACGCAGCUUCAAUUUUGAGUCUUGCACUUGCACAUGAAGAUGAGACAAUAGUUGUAGGAAUGACCAAUGGAAUACUGAGUGUUAAACAUCGGAAAUCUGAAGCAAAGAAGGAUUCUCUUCCUAGGAGAAGAAGGCCUGCAUAUCGAACCUUUAUUAAAGGAAAAAAUUACAUGAAGCAACGGGAUGACAUUUUGAUCAACAGGCCGUCAAAGAAACACCUAGAAUUGUAUGACAGGGAUCUGAAAAAUUUCCGAAUCUCUAAGGCGCUUGACAGAGUCCUUGAGCCCAGUUGUACAAUAAAGACACCUGAGGUUACAGUUUCCAUCAUAAAGGAGCUAAAUCGAAGAGGAGUCCUUGCAAAUGCCCUCGCAGGUCGAGAUGAAAAGGAAAUCAGUCGUGUUCUUAAUUUUCUGAUAAGGAAUCUAUCUCAGCCGAGAUUUGCCCCUGUUUUGAUCAAUGCUGCUGAAAUAAUUAUUGAUAUCUAUCUGCCUGUGAUUGGUCAGUCACCUGUAGUUGAUAAGAAGUUUUUGGUACUUCAAGGACUUGUUGAAAAAGAGAUUGAUUACCAAAGAGAACUCCUAGAAACCUUGGGGAUGAUGGAUAUGCUCUUUGCUACCAUGACAAGGAAAGAAAGCACUUCUAUCUUGCAGCAUACAUCUGAUGGAUUUCCAGAGAAAAAGAAGAUGGAAUCAUAGUGUCUGCUUAAUAAGACUCCUAGGAACUCCUAACUUGGAUUAGAUUUGAUUCUAUUGACUAUUGGAAAGAGAAUCUCCUUGACACAGUAUAAAAAACUAUUUAUAGAAGCAAUCUUAUGAAAGAGAUUGGAAUAACUAUGAUUGGCAAAUAAGUACCGGUUUUAAGACAUGGUUUUCACGUAGUAUUUUGAAUCAUGUCAUGGUGUCUUCAGCUUCAGGAGCUCAGCUGUCUUGGUCAUGGUAUGUGUCUACCUCGGACUAGUUGAUACUAAUUUUAAUACAGCAGAGUUCUGUACCACCAUUUGGGUAGGCAUUCAGAACUCUGGAGAGGGUUUCAACUGGGAAUCCUGCCAAAGGAACAGGGCUUUAUUUUUCACUUCUUUCCUGGGGAAACAGCAACAAAACAAAGGUCUGCCUUGGGGUUUCCAGGCUGCGGCUGAGCUUGCCU